AUGGCGUCGAAGCUCCUUCAGCUUCAAUCGAAGGCCGCCCAAGCUUCCCAGUUAGUGGCCAAGCAUGGCUGCACGUACUAUAAACAGCUGCUGGAGAAAAAUCACCAGUACAUCCAGAAUCCGCCUUCUAUUGAGAAGUGCAAUGAACUGUCCAAGCAGUUGUUUUACACCCGCCUUGCCAGGUACCGAUCCAGUAUCCUAUAGGAUGCCCAAUUUGAAUGGAACACGCUGCAGUGUUGAUAAAGUUUUUUUUCGCAUCUCUUCACUGGCGUUCUAUAUGUUAUCUGAGUUUACUUUCCAUGUCCUCAUCCUACACAGUGUCCCCUCGUAGCUACUAUAUUUUAGAAUAUCUGGUACCUUUUAGAAUUAUGUUAAAUAUUUUUGUAUAUUUCUACGCCACGGUGGAUACGAAUAUCAUCUAAGUUUUUCAUUACUGCCCGCCAUUGCCCCAAUUCUUCUUUAAGAUAUGUAAGGGUUUGGUAAAUCUGACAUGGGAUAAGAAAAAAAUUCUAAUCAUCCCCACAUAAAUGGUUACAUUAUAUGGCUUGGUAACUUUUAUAAUUCUGAAGAGGACUUAUGGGAACAGUCGCGUAGUAAAAAACAGCUAUAUUAGUUGUGAUUUUAGCUCAUGGAACAAAGAAUUUCAACGCCCAAAACAUUCCCUAAACUUUUCAGAGAGUCUAGGGAAGAAGCUGAAUUCAAGCUUCGCACAAGUUCGGAAAACGAGGUGAUAUAUUAGACUGACUGACUUUUCCCUCUUUCUUCCCAUCCAAGUAGCCCGUGUUUUACAACGAACAGUAGACUGUGAUCUUUCGUCACAGUUUUCUGCGUGGGACUUAACCUUCCCCUUCAGACAUGUAAAGUUUUGUUUCUAGGAUUUACUCCACGAGCGCCCCCACCCCAACCCACUCUGUUCUUCUUCUGAGAGGUGUAAGAUGAGUCUAGCUGAUUCAUUUGAUUUUCCUGGCACGGUGUUAUUUAUGCAGUUGGUUAUAUUCUUUUAUUGAGACGAGCAGGUUUGCCCACCCUUUACGUCCUACUAACAAAGAAAAUGCCUUUUUUAUAAGUAUCUUUUCUUCAUUCCCUUUAUUCUAGUUCAGAUCAGACAUGAGCCUUUCCAUCACCUUGGUGAUUGUCUAUCUGGAAUUAUUUGUUUUUUAUGAACCAAAAUAUUGCAUACUCUCCCAUCUGCGUAUUCUUUUGUGCCUUUGUAGCUCUAAUUCUCAUUAGUCUCGUUCCGUGGGAAGAGAUGAAUCAAUAGUGAUGGCUAUAAUCAUCUUUUUUUAAUUGACCUAAACAAAUGGGUACGACCGCAGUUUGGGCUUUUUAAUUAUUCAUAAUGUUUGCAUUAAUUUGUGGAAAUAUAAAAGAGAGAUUAUUCAGGUGCAGUUGUUUGUUGAUUAUUAUCUCAUGUGUACUUCAAACACGUCAACGAUGGCAGCCUUCCUGCCCGGUACGAGUCGUUCUGGAAAGAGCUGGACUCUGUGAAGCAGCUGUGGAAGAACAAAGGAGACCUCAAGGUGGAGGACGCCGGAAUAGCAGCCCUCUUCGGCAUCGAGCUCUUCGCAUGGUUUUGUGUCGGCGAGAUUGUGGGGAGAGGUUUCACAAUCACGGGCUAUCACGUCUGA